CGUCACGUCGCGUCUCGAUGUCGUCAUCACUAAGCUCAGCAAAGUGUGGCUGACAAGCAACAAGCUGCCCGUUCACACGUGAGUUUGAUGCCGUUGGGACAAUCGCUGUUCGCCCGCUUGACCACAGAAGAUGUCUUCACUGCUCAAGGUUGACAAUGAGAUCAAAACCAAGGUCGAUGCAUUCCGUGAACGUAUCACUUCAGAAGCAGAGGAACUAGUUGCAGCUUUUUUCCCAAAGAAAUUACUGGAGCUUGAUCACUUCCUGAAGGAUCCAAUCAUCAACAUCAUUGAGCUGAAGGAGAUCCACUCGGAUAUAAACCUGACGGUGCCGGACCCCAUCCUGCUCUCAAACCUGCAUGACGGGCUAGACGCGCAAAAUGCCAAAAAGAGGAAGCUCGAGGAUGGAGGUGGGGAGGACAAGGUGACUGGCACCAAGGUGUUCGUCAUGCCGGGCGGGAUGAUGAAGAGCAACGCAAACCUCGUUGAUCUCAUUGAAAAGGUCAAGCCGGAGAUCAGGACACUCAUAGAGAAAUGUAACACAGUCAAGAUGUGGGUCCAGCUGCUCAUCCCAAGGAUAGAGGACGGCAACAACUUCGGUGUGUCGAUCCAGGAGGAGACGGUAGCUGAACUCCGAACAGUUGAAGGGGAGGCAGCAUCUUACCUCGACCAGAUAUCAAGAUACUACAUCACAAGGGCCAAGCUGGUUUCUAAAAUAGCUAAAUAUCCACAUGUGGAGGACUAUCGGCGCACAGUAACCGAGAUUGAUGAGAAGGAAUACAUCAGUCUGAAGAUCAUAGUCUCUGAGCUCAGAAAUCAAUACGUAACGUUACAUGAUAUGAUCCUGAAGAACAUUGAGAAGAUCAAGAGGCCUCGAAGCAGUAACGCCGAAGCCCUGUACUGAUGUUCAUCCAGCCACCGCCCGACCCCACCAUCCCACCCCCCCGUCCCCUCGCUGCCAUGCCUGUCGAGCCACAGUAGCCUGGCCCCGGUCCACAGGACGACAACUAGACAUUCACCGACAAAUCAACAACGCUCUUUACAGAAACGUAGCUUCAAACAUGGACACAACACACAGGUUUUUUUUUUUCUGUUUGUUUUAAUUGUAAAAUAUUUUUCUUGUUUUAAACCCAUUGAAGACAAAAAAAAUAUUCUCCCAGAAAAAGGAGGAGAUGGAUAAUAAAAUGUAUUUUUUAAUUUUAAUUAAACAUUUUGUCCUCACAACUUUGUGAAGUCGCUUCAUUCGUGGCUCUUUAAGGAAAGAAUUAAAAAAAAGUUCAGAGCAGUUGUCUGUGUCGCGGCCGCUGCUUCAGUGAAUGUCAGUUACUUUGUGUUUAUUCGUCUCCUGUUGUGUCUCCUGGACGAUGGUUGUUCACAGGAGAUGCAACACGAGCUGUUGUGUUUUUUUGUUUUUUUUUCUCCGAAUGUCGUCUGCACAUUACACAUUAUAGUCAUGAUAAAUAUGAUUAUUAAGCUGGUUGUAGGUUUCACCGACUUGAUGGUUUUCAGUGAAAAUUCAUGUAAGUCACCAAAGCAUCUCUUCUGUCGCGUCAUUGAAUAUUGAAUAAAACAUUUUUUGAUAAA